UUUCGCAUACGCCGAGGACAUGUUGCUCUACCUUGCAGGUGCACUGUGCUCACGUGCGAGAUCUGGCAAACCGCUCCGGAAUGGCACUCUGUGGUGAUGGUGAUGGCCAUGACUGACUGACGGCUGCUAUGUUUCUGUGUAAUGGAGACGGCCCGGCUGUUUGCGCGCGACGUGCUGCUGCUGCAUCACAUCCUCUUCGACUCCAACCCAUGGCACCGCUCCGUCAGACACCUCCGCUCCCGCAACCCUCUCAUGCCAAUGCUGCACAGCGUGAUGCCGCCCCCUUGGGACGAGGAGCUCGAGAGGAAAGACCUGGACAUCUACAGGCACCUGACGCGAGUGGUGGAGAGGCAGUUCGGGUUUAUUCUGUGCGAGAUCCUGGGGCUGGAGGCGGGGGCGUUUGGGAAAGGGCGGUUCGAGCGGCCGGCGGCGCUGCGGGUGGGGAAGUCGGUGAUUCCUGGAGGGGGCUUGGGUGUGUUUGCGGCUGAGGACAUCAGGAGGGGCGCCUUCGUGACCUUCUACCCUGGGUGAGUGAGUGCAGUGCGUGAGUCGAUGCAUCCGAUGAUUGGAAGGGAGGGAUGGCUGGAGGAAUGGGUGUGUGGCUGUGCUGUACUGCCUUUUGUCUGUGUGUCUGUGUGCCUUUGUGCCAGGUUCAUCUUCACCAACCCGGAUCUGCGCGUGAUACCUGACAGCGACUACGUCGUCGUCAACGCCAACAGGUCAGUACGGUAGGCAGGCCUGUUGUGUGCCCACGGACGGUCCCUGUGCUGCCUGCGUGUUGUGUUGGGUAGUGCAAACAACGUGGUGAUGGAUGGCUACGGCUGGCAGGCCGAGGACAUCCAGGCAUUCCCUGCUGGCAACCUGCCGCCAGCUUAUGGAGGUGGCGGCAGCGAUGAGAUGGUCUUCCACGAGCGGUAUGAGAAGGGCAAGAGCAAGGGCAAGGGCAGCAAAGGCGGUGGUGGUGGACAGCAGAGGGACGUCAGGAUCGUGCACAAGAACCGGAUAGGCAUUGGUGAGUGAGUCAGCAAGAAGAGAGCAGACACAUCCACACCCACACACGCAGAGGAGGACAUGUAUGUGUUGAUGCAAUGCAGGUCAGAUCGUGAACCACGCGCCGUCCCUCGAGCACCUCAACCUGGCCCCCUUCCCCUUUCGCUUCCCAUACCUCACCGACUACACCGACGUCAAUCAACGCGCAAUUGCCGCCGCACAACAACGGCAGCAGCAACGACAGGAGACGACAGUCUCAGACGUCCCUCAGGUGCUGAGCAGCGGCUUCUCGUCGGCCCUGUGUGUGGCUCUGCAGCAGCUGACCCCUCACUCUGUCAUCCGCCCGGUCGACACAAACCUGGAGAAGCUUAUCGACAGGCAGCAUGAGUCACGCCUCAGCAACGCGCUCAUGAGGCGCAUCAGACGGUCGGUGCGCAGCCAAAUGGGGGGAGGGUACUGGAAGAAGGUCUCUCUCUUUCUCUCUCUGUGUGUGUGUGUGUGUAGGUUCGUGCAGUAUGGCGACUAUGUUGACCGCCACCGGCUCAGGGCAGCAAGAGAAGCGGCAUUAGCACUGUCAUCCGCCACCGGGGAGAAAGAACUUGAAGAACCUGAAGCCACGACGGUCGACCCCACACAGCCCCCGCCACCCCUCACACGCGCCAUCGCGCGAGACAGGGAGUCCCCCUGGCCGUUCGACGACACGCCUCCGCCCUUUCCCUUCGAUGGUCUUGGCUAUGUGGCGUUGCGGGACAUUCCUGCCGGCGAGGAAUUGUUCUGGAACUAUCGGUUUGCGGGCGUGGGGACGUCUCUGGUGCAGCAGGCCAUCCUGAGGACGCCGGUGCUGCACAGGUGGUGGUACCCCCAUUGGUACCACUUUAUCGACGAGAGGGAGUUCUUUCUGAGGCAUGUGAAGGGGGGUGACAGCAGCAGCAGCAGCAGCAGCGCGAGCGAAUGAGUUUGUCCAUGGGCGG